UGUUGACAUGACAGUUUGCAUGUAGUGUAAUAGCAUUGAUUUUCUCUUUGCUCGACUAACAGAAAUAAAACAUGUUAUAAUUAUUUCAUAAAACAUAAUUGUGCAUAUGAGAUUCUGGAAAGGAAAAUGUAUUAUUAUUGAAAUAUCAUUUUCUCAUCACUGGUCAAGGCGGCAUAGGUUAUUUUAUCCGAAAAUUUCUGUAAUACAAAGUUAGUUAUAGGACUGAAUUACCUUGUAAAUAUGGCUGAUCUGCUGACUGAUGAACAAGUUAAAGAAUGUAAAGAGGUGUUCAACCUGUUUGAUAAGGAUGGAGAUGGGGCUAUAACAACACAAGAACUGGGUAAAGUAAUGAGAUCACUUGGUCAAAACCCCACAGGACCAGAACUGCAAGAAAUAAUUAACAAAGUGGACGCUGAUGGAAGCGGAUCUAUAGACUUUACAGAAUUUUUAACAUUAAUGAAGAGGAAAAUGAAUGAGAAUUACACGGAAGCGGAACUACGUUCGGCUUUUAAAGUGUUCGACAUAGACGGUAAUGGUCAGAUUUCGUCGUCAGAACUAAGGCACGUGAUGACAAAUCUCGGAGAGAAACUCUCUGAUGCCGAGAUUGAUGACAUGAUUAGAGAAGCAGAUGUCAACUGCGACGGACAAAUCAAUUAUGAAGAAUUCGUUCGAAUGAUGGCAGCCAAGUAGAGAUCGUGACUUAUCAAAGACAUUAACUGAAGUUACAAAUGUAUAUUGGCAACUAACAAUUGUUCCGUUUUUUGUUUUUGUUGUUGUUUUCACAUUAAA